AUGGCGUUUGGUUAUUAUGAUUUUCUUUACAGUAUAGUAUCCGCGGUAUUUCAUCUUAUACAGUACGGAGGGGAUAUUCAAGUAGAACACAUCGAAUUUAAUGGAAACGCAUUGGUAAAGGAUUCGGAGGAGGAAAGGGAAUUACAAAAGCUCGCACUUAGCACUUUCGAUGCGAAAGAUGAAUCGGAAGCAUUAAAGAUUUCGGGCAAAGCAGCAGAGGUUAGCUAA